CUACUUCUUCUGCUGCGGGUCAUAUCGCUGGUUCCCGCUUGGAAUGGAUUUUAUCUUCUGAGUUCUGACCCUUCCAUCUCUCUGUUCUCCGUCCCCUUCUCUACCAGAACUGGCUCGCUCAUCCGCCGCCGCCUCCGCUGACGUGAAGUGAAGGGAAUUGAAGGUAUAGGGAGCUUUGGGGGGGACGACAAUGGCAAGUUCGAUAGCAGCCGCUACUGGGACGGCGUCAUGGAUGAGGAUGGGCAGCAGGGUAAUCCCUGAUUUCUGCCACCUGCCCCUCCAUUCCGCUACUCGAUCCCCGGUUCUGAAACCUCUAGCCCUGCGAUUCUCUUCAUUUGCUCCUCCCUCCUCUCGGACGUGGAGCGCGAGAAAGUUCUCUGUUUGUGCCUCCAAGUCCACUGCUGAUCAACACCAGCAAGUCCGGGUUCGUUUCGCUCCUUCCCCGACUGGGAAUCUCCAUGUUGGUGGUGCUCGGACUGCUCUCUUCAAUUAUCUCUUUGCAAGGUCCAAAGGUGGUAAAUUUGUGCUGAGGAUUGAAGAUACCGACUUGGAGAGGUCGACUAGAGAAGCAGAAGAUGCCGUGCUCCAGGAUCUUGCUUGGCUUGGUCUUGAUUGGGAUGAAGGUCCUUGGAUUGAUGGAGACUAUGGCCCGUAUCGGCAAUCUGAAAGGAAUUCUCUUUAUAAACAACACGCUGAGAGGCUCUUGGAGUCUGGUCAUGUUUACCGUUGCUUCUGUUCCAGUGAGGAACUUGAGAAAAUGAAGGAAGUAGCACAAUUGAAACAACUACCUCCUGUGUACUCUGGAAAGUGGGCUACUGCAACAGAUGAUGAAGUAAUGCAUGAGAUGGAAAAGGGAACCCCAUAUACCUACCGAUUCCGUGUUCCAAAGCAUGGGAAUCUGAAAAUAAAUGAUCUCAUUCGGGGUGAAGUAAGUUACAAUCGACUAGGCAUCUACCUCUGCCAUUUCCAUCCUAUUGCCAACUGGAAAAAGAAUUCUAUGAUUCAUUAUAAUUGUGUUCUGAAGGUUAGUUGGAAUCUGGACACACUUGGGGAUUUUGUAAUCAUGAGGAGCAAUGGACAACCCGUUUACAACUUUUGUGUCACAGUGGAUGAUGCUACCAUGGCUAUCUCACAUGUUAUUAGGGCUGAAGAGCAUUUGCCAAAUACUCUGAGGCAAGCAUUAAUAUAUCAGGCUCUUGGAUUUCCGAUGCCUCAGUUUGCACACGUAUCCCUAAUUCUAGCACCUGAUCGUAGCAAGCUAUCGAAAAGGCAUGGUGCAACUUCAGUUGGUCAGUUCAAGGAGAUGGGCUACCUUCCCCAAGCAAUGAUAAAUUACCUGGCACUUUUAGGUUGGGGGGAUGGCACUGAAAAUGAAUUUUACAGCCUUGAACAACUAGUUGAAAAGUUCACAAUUGAUCGUGUUAACAAAAGUGGCGCCGUGUUUGAUUCUACUAAGUUGAGGUGGAUGAAUGGUCAGCAUUUAAAAGCGCUUCCAUCUGAGAAAUUGACAAAGCUUAUAGGUGAACGGUGGAAGAACAUUGAAAUACUAAUGGAGUCCCAGGGUUCUUUUAUAGAAGAGGCUGUUAAUCUGCUUAAGGAUGGCAUAGAUUUGGUACCUGAUGCAGACAAAGUGAUGUUGAAUCUGUUGUCAUAUCCCUUACAAGAGACGUUAAUGAGUGCUGAAGGUAAAGCUGUUGUAGAAGACAAACUUUCUGAAGUAGCAGAGAAGCUGUUGGCAGCAUUUGACAGCGGGGAGCUUAUUACUGCUCUAGAAGGAGGUCAUUCCGGGUGGAAGAGUUGGGUGAAGGACUUUGGUAAAUCUACAAAGCGCAAGGGGAAAUCUUUGUUUAUGCCGCUGAGGGUGCUGCUAACUGGGAAGCUGCAUGGUCCUGACAUCGGUGGGAGCAUGGUGUUGCUCCAUAGAGCUGGGAGUGAGGGUAUAGUGUGCCCUCAAGUUGGAUUUUUGAGAUUGGAAGAGAGGUUUAAGCUGUUGAGGGAAGUGAACUGGGAGGCGUUAUCAUCGACCAAAGAUGAAGAAGGUGCUGCUGUGGAACCAGCUGCUGCUGGUGUAUCGAACUGAAAGAGUGCUCUUACUGCUGCAUACGGCGGUUGCUUUCGGUUUUGUUGGUUAAGAGAGGGUUUUUGACGUUUGAUUGAGCUUUUUGUUUAUAGCCUAGCCAUGUAGUUGAGGGGUGUGUUUGUUUCAUCAUGUUCUUUAGCUUCCAAAUGUUUAGGACUAUUGGCCAUGAUUCAAGUGGAAUAAUUAUCUGAACCUUAUUAUUCGUAACUAUAUUGUUGAAUACUUAGACAAUAAUAACUAUAUAUGGUGGU